AUCAACAUCCGUCACCGUCGAACAUCUCUACCACCUCUAGACAUUCGAGCUCCCAACACCGAACCUCAACCUCCCCUCUACCAGCGAAGCUCCCCACCGACGAUAUCGACAUAUACACACAGACCGACAGACGCAGCUUCGCCACCAUGACUGCCGAAGAAGAGCGCCAGGCCGCCCUCAAUUCCUACCGGGCAAAGCUCAUCGAGUCCCGCGAAUGGGAGGCAAAGCUCAAGAACCUGCGUCUUGAAAUCAAGGACAUGCAGCGCGAGUUCGACCGAACCGAGGACAACAUUAAGGCGCUACAGAGUGUCGGACAGAUCAUCGGCGAAGUCCUAAAACAGCUCGACGAUGAGAGAUUUAUCGUCAAGGCAUCUUCCGGUCCUCGAUAUGUCGUCGGCUGCAGAUCCAAGGUCGACAAGGUGAAGCUGAAGCAGGGCACUCGCGUGGCCCUGGACAUGACGACGCUCACCAUCAUGCGAAUGCUCCCCCGAGAGGUCGACCCUUUGGUGUACAACAUGUCGCUGGAGGAUCCCGGACAAGUCAGCUUUGCAGGUAUCGGCGGAUUGAACGAACAGAUCCGAGAGUUGCGAGAGGUGAUUGAGCUGCCGUUGAAGAACCCCGAGCUGUUCCUACGAGUGGGUAUUAAGCCGCCCAAGGGAGUGUUGUUGUACGGUCCUCCUGGUACCGGAAAGACUCUCCUGGCGCGAGCCGUUGCCAGCAGUCUGGAGACCAACUUCCUGAAGGUUGUCUCGUCCGCUAUUGUCGACAAGUACAUCGGAGAGUCGGCGCGACUUAUCCGUGAGAUGUUCGGAUAUGCCAAGGAGCACGAGCCCUGUAUCAUCUUCAUGGACGAGAUCGACGCCAUCGGUGGACGACGAUUCUCAGAGGGUACUAGUGCUGAUCGAGAAAUCCAACGAACACUGAUGGAGCUACUGAACCAGCUGGAUGGAUUCGACUACCUGGGCAAGACAAAGAUCAUUAUGGCUACGAACAGGCCCGACACGCUGGACCCUGCGCUGCUCCGUGCCGGUCGUCUGGAUCGUAAGAUUGAGAUCUCCUUGCCCAACGAGGUUGGCCGAUUGGAGAUUCUCAAGAUCCACUCGUCGGGUGUCGUGCUCGACGGAGAUAUCGACUUCGAGAGCGUGGUUAAGAUGAGUGACGGACUGAACGGCGCCGAUUUGAGAAACGUCGUUACUGAGGCGGGGUUGUUCGCCAUCAAGGACUACCGAGACUCCAUCAACCAGGAUGACUUCAACAAGGCGGUCCGCAAGGUCGCCGAGUCGAAGAAGCUCGAGGGCAAGCUAGAGUACCAGAAGCUGUAAGCGAGGGGGCUGGAAUUAGGUGGGAUAGAGCGCAAGGGAAAUCCAAGGAUUGAGCAUCGAAGGCCAUGGACACGAAGGUCACUGGUAAUCUUGUAAGACUGUACAGUAGAGACGAGCUGGCGCCAUAGAUGGCUCAGCCCUAGAAGCAGGAAUGCGAAUGGCGUCUCGGAACAAGAACCACGGUGAACGGCUUCGGAUCCGGCUUGCCAGAUGCCGACCCAUGUGCUAGCACAAGGCACAAUAAUGAGCAUGAAGCUGGUGUCAGCAACUAAUUGAGUCACUCAGCUGGCCACUUGCGCAGUGGAGUCUGGUGAGAUGCAGGGUACCAAUGACUUUUUAGCCUCCUAAGGCUGACUUUUCGUGAGACUUGGCUUGGUCCCCGAGCAAGUAAU